AUGGCGAGACGGAGAGAGCAAAGGAGACAGCCUUGUUCAUCGGGAGCACGGACAGCGACUGUGAACGACAUCUUCAAAUCUCUCCACAGUCAAUUACUGUUAGUCAUCGAAUGGGCAAAGACGCUGCCUCCAUUCCUCACUCUUUCCACUGCAGAUCAGACAGCAUUGUUGAAGAAUUUCGCUCCUCAACAUGUCGUCCUUUGCGUUUCAUAUCGUUCAAAAGAGGGUGCUGAUUUCUUGAAACUGAUCAAUGAUAGUUUCAUACCUCGGCCAUCGAAAGAAGAACAGGAAAAGAGCGGUUUCUAUCUUCGGGAUUGUGAGCGAGUUAUGGAUCAGAUGGUGGCCCCGAUGAGGUUUCUGUCGAUUGACGACGCGGAAUUCGUGACACUCAAGGCUUGUGUGCUGUUCAAUCCUGUGGCCAAAGGUCUUUCUCCGUUGGCAGUCACGACUGUACUGAAUACGAGGAGGCGUAUCUUCUCAGCACUUGAACACUACGUCCGAACGCGAAAACAUGACGAAAGGACCCGGCUAGGAGAUUUGACUCUCUUCGUCCUGUCACCGUUAUCGUCGUUAGCGAAUUCCAUUUGCGAGGAUAUCUUGGUGUCGAAGUUGAGCGGCGUUGCCCGUCUGGAUGUGCUGAUGGAGGAGUUGAUGUUGGCCGAUGCUGAGGAGCAGAAUAAGUGCGCAACACAACGA